CAGUUCAGUUUUGCAUCGACAGUGCGAGAGUCAAGUGAAAUAUGAAGUUCUCGACGUUUCUGGUCCUUAUCCUUUGGAUGUUUCUGCAGGGGAUGUCCUCCCUUGCCAGUGGAUACGAAAUGGCGCAGGAUGUUAGCUUCCCGGAGCAGUGCCAUGGAUAUUGUUUCUCAGUACUCCAGCCAUUAAUCGAUCAUGUUCUCAAGUUAAAAGAGGCAACGGAUGACAAUGAUAAAAUGAAAGUCGAAAAAAUACACUCACUGGAGCUUACCAUUAACAAUUUGCAGAGUCAGCUACUAAAAAGUGAGACGGAAAUAAAAAACAAUGUGGAGCAAAUCAAGGUUAAAGACGAACAAAUCAAGCAGAAAGACGAUCAAAUCAAGCUGAAAGACGAACAAAUCAAGCAGAAAGACGAUCAAAUCAAGCUGAAAGACGAUCAAAUCAAGCAGAAAGACGAUCAAAUCAAGCAGAAAGACGAACAAAUUAAGAAUCUCAGAAAGCAAAUCAAUGGGAAAGUAGGGAAAAUCAUCGUGAAAGUCGAAGAAAUCAAGAAUCUCAGAGAGGAUGUGAAGAUGAUUUCGUGUCUCAAUAGUGGCUCAGAUGACAUUUUUAAGAUGAAGGUCAAGGGAAUGGAGCAGUUUGAAAGUCCCUGCGAUUCGCCUCGAUGGACGGUCAUUCAACGGCGUAUCAACGGAAGUGUUGACUUUAAUCGCAACUGGACGGAUUACAAAAAUGGAUUUGGAGAUGAACGGGGAAGUUUCUUCCUGGGACUGAACAAAAUCCAUCUAAUGACCCUGGUCCAGCCUCACGAGCUGUACAUCCAACUUAGAGAUGUGAAUGGAACCACAAAAUAUGCUCGAUACGAUGAUUUCAAAGUAGGAAGUGAAAAUGAAGCCUACAAACUGAAAUCGCUGGGAGAGUAUUCAGGAACAGCCGGAGACUCAUUUAGUUACAAUCUAGACAUGAAGUUUACCACAUUGGACCGGGAUAAUGACAUGUUAGAGAAACGCAAUUGCGCGGAAAAGCAUGCAGGUGGUUGGUGGUUUAAUGCUUGCUCUCGAAGUUCCCUCAAUGCAAAAUAUUAUGACGAUGGUAAAAGAACUCCCCUUCAAAUAUUCGGCAUUCAUUGGGCUACUUGGAAGAACUACAAUGACUACACGACCUCGCUUACAUUUUCUCAAAUGAUGAUAAGACCUAAACCGUUAUAA